GUUCUGAAGACUUUGUAGAUUGCAUCCUAAACGGAUGCAAACCUGCUGACGAGCACGAGCAGUGGUACUGGACGCUGGAGCAGUAUGCCUACGACUUCCUGAAGGAGGAUUUGGAAAAGGCAACGGCAGCUACUGGAUCAAUGCUGAGUUUCGAUGAGAUCCGCCCCAUGUUGGCUGGGACGUCCGAUUUGGUUCACAGCUUCAACUGCUACUCCACGGAUUUGUGUCCAGCUCAAUACUCUGGCGGCAAUAUUCAUGAUGUUGGAGCUUUGGCGGAUCGUUACAUCCCCUCAGAUUUCAGCAGUCUUCCAGAGCUGUUGGAGUUCUGCGAGAAGAUGAAGCCGGUGGCCAUUGGCUUUGGGAGCAUGCCGUUUGCACACGCUCAAGCUGUCAUCUCUGGCCUGGAAGCGAUCCAGUGCCGUGCUGUCCUGGUUGGGGACGCUCUGGCAGCCUUUGAGCCAACUCCCUGGACAAAGGCAAACAUCGUGCAAGUGAGGAGUGUUCCGUACCCAUGGUUGCUGCCUCAUUGCAGGUGCAUGGUGAGUCAUGGCGGUGCCGGCGUGCUACACAGCACUCUUCGUGCUGGAAUCCCUGCUGUCAUUGCUCCUUUGAUGGGAGAUCAAUUUGCGUGGGCCAGGCUGGUUGACGCCCGCUACUUGGGAAUCAAUGCUGGACCAAUGAAUACCUUGAGUGCAGACGCGCUGGUUGAUAGCUUGAAGCGACUGGAUGCUCGACCAGAGUGUGCCAGCAAUGCCAAGGAAUUUGCCAUGAAGAUCAAGGACAGAGAUUCACCGAAGGAGCUCGUGAAACUGCUGGAGCAAAUCAUGAUGUGAUAUGUGAUUGCUAUCAAAGUGGUUUCAAGUGGAAGCAAGGCAGCCUCGAAAGGCGCUAUACAGAAAGGAAGUAGUUGCUUUGACACUGGUUUGCGGCUCGAUGCUGCAAGAACUCACAUCACCGACAUGCACAGAGUCGGCUUCCGCCCUCCACAGCUUGGCCACAUUGAUUGGAGAAGAGACGACGAAGAGAUAAGAAAAACACAU